AUGCAGGUUCAGCCUCCCUCCGAGACCGCCGCGGUCGACACCACACUCCUAAAAGACGAGACCAUCACCACAACGGUCGUAGUACCUGAUACGCCUCCUCCCCCGACCCCCCGACCGCUCUACUUCGCGUACGGCUCCAACCUAUCCUUCACACAGAUGCGCAUCCGCUGUAGACACAACCCUGACCUCUCCUCGAAGCCCGUUGCCAUCGCCCGGCUGGACCACUGGCGGUGGAUGAUUUGUCAGGCCGGAUAUGCGAACGUAUUGCCGCCGGAGGGAUUGCGAAUCGGGCGCCAGCUCAACGAGGGGGACGAGGUUCCCGUGUCUGGGGCUGACAAUGCCGUGUUCGGGAUAUUAUACGAGAUGGAUCCGGAGGAUGAGUUCUUGCUGGAUGGGUAUGAGGGUGUGGAUCAUGCGGCGGGGCCGUCGAGGCUUGGAGAGAAGGUGCCUGUUGAGAUUCGGCCGAGGGAGCAGGGGCUUGGGGAUUAUAAUAAGUGGUAUUUGCCUGCGACGGUGACGCAGUGGCUGGAUGAGGAGCAGCGCGUGUUGAGGAUGGGUGCGACUGCGGUGGCGGAGUCCGGGCCGCAGGUCAUGACAGUGCUCGUGUAUGUGGAUGAAGAGCGGGUGCGGCUGGGUUUCCCCAGGGAUGAGUACAUCCCGCGCAUGAACCGGGCGAUUCGGGAGGCCGAGUCGAUCGGGUUCCCGAAACGCUGGGCAGACGAAGUUAUGAGGAAAUCGAUACCAUUGAAUUAG